CAGAGAUUUAUGUGUAAAAUAAAAUAACUCCAGUUGCAGAAAAUUAUUUCAAAAUGAGCUCAGAUAUAGAGGCUCAUGUGACAAAGAAGUAUGAGAUAAAGAAACGGCUAGGUAAAGGGGCAUAUGGUAUAGUAUGGAAGGCAUUAGACAAAAGGACGGGGGAGGUGGUAGCAUUGAAAAAAAUAUUUGAUGCCUUCAGAAAUCAAACAGAUGCCCAGAGAACAUUCCGAGAGAUUAUGUUUCUACAAGAAUUUGGCGAUCACAAUAACAUUGUUAAACUUCACAAUGUUAUGAGAGCUGAAAAUGACAAAGAUAUAUACCUCGUAUUUGAAUUCAUGGACACAGAUCUGCACAAUGUAAUAAAGCGUGGAAAUAUUCUAAAGGAUGUACACAAACGAUAUAUUCUGUAUCAGUUGUGCAAAGCAACUAAAUAUCUACACUCAGGAAAUGUAAUACACAGGGACCAAAAACCAUCAAAUAUUCUACUGGAUGGUGAGUGCUUUGUGAAACUAUGUGACUUUGGUCUGGCUAGAUCUCUCUCCCAGCUGGACAUGGAGGAAGGAGGUGAUCCUAACCUCACAGAAUAUGUAGCCACACGCUGGUACAGGGCUCCUGAAAUACUGCUGGCUUCACACAAGUAUACCAAGGGUGUUGACAUGUGGUCUGUGGGUUGUAUUCUUGGUGAAUUACUACUUGGAAAGCCACUAUUUCCUGGUACAUCAACUCUCAAUCAAAUAGAAAGAAUCAUGUCAACAGUUCCUCGACCAACAAAAGAAGAUAUAGAGAGUAUUAAUUCAACUUAUGGUGCUUCAGUUCUGGAUAAAGCAACGCGAUGUCCACGUAAGAACUUAGAAGAGAUGAUUCCCGAUGCACCAGAUGAUGCUAUAGAUAUGUUAAAGAAACUGCUGCAUUUUAAUCCUGGGAAACGCAUGACAGCAGAUGAGGCCCUUAGACACCCUUACCUAUCUAGGUUUCACAAUCCAGCUGAGGAACUUGGUAUAGGACGUGAUGUGAAACCUCCUCUCAGCGAUGACAUACAACUCUCUGUUAAUGAAUAUAGAGAAAAACUUUAUGAAAUGAUUAUGGAAAAGAAGUUAGAGCGUCGUAGAAAAAGAAAAGAGGACCGGUUACAAAAAGUAGCAACAAAUGAUUCCGAUAAAGAACAAUCAAUGCCUGCCCAAGCAGUCACUCAUAAUGGGCACAAUGGCCAGGCAUCACCAGCGUCAAAGAAAGAGCGAAGUAUGAAUGGUGAACAACAACAAAAUGAUAAACUGUUCUAUGGUGUUGCAUUUGGCCGUACGACCAAUCAGCCACCACCUCAUCAUCAUCAACGUCGUCCUAGCUCUGGGUUGCCACGACAACGAAGUCUUGAGAACAUCAACGCAACUAAUAAUUUACAAAAUUUACCACCAGUGAGAAGACGUCCUCCAUUUGCUACCAAUGGUUACUACCCAGGAGUACCAGAGGGUUCCCCUAGUAGUAAUAGUGCCCGUCAGCGUCGCCAGGCAUCUGCACCCAUAGCAGGACGUCAUGCCAGGACCUCUUCCUCGUCUGGGUUUGCAAAGCAGGCCAGCAAUCCUGUCAUCACACGUGAUGUGAAUAAAGGCUCUCUAGAAGUAUCCAGCUCAAGAAUCGUCCCAGGGCAAAGACCUGGAUCUGCUAGCAAAGUCGAACGCAAACCAGCCUAUGGUAAAAAACAGUUUGACAAUACGCGUAAUAAUCCAUCCUCUGGAGCUGCUAAACAGUCACUGGGUAGUUACAGCCAAGCAUACGGCACUGUGUCUUCAAACAAACUCAAUCAACUUGUCGGUUCUACAAGCUCGUCACGCUGGAAGUAGGAGUGAAAAAAGUUCUGAAGUCUUAUAGGAUGUAGAACAAAGAAACUGUUAUGCAUCUAUCAUUCUAUGGACAAUAUGCAUUCCAGAUAUUUUUGGAAGAAAUGCAUUGUAGAAUUUAUAUGCAAACAGAGAUGUGGUGCAAACAUUGCAUCAAUGAAUUAAACACACUCUUGAUGAUUCAAUGCAUUUCUAAGGUAAUGCAAUGCAAUUCAAUGAUGUCAAUGCAUUUUAAGAGGUUAAUGCAUUGAAUGUAUUUCACUGGUAUGAGACAUUCCAACAUGGGACCGUAUGACAGAGUUGAUCCACUGUUAUGAGGUAUUUAGUAUGAGAAAUAUUAUGAUAUGGAAUUUAGAUUGCUUUUAUAGGUGAAAACAUGUACAUGUAUGUAUGGGGAGUAUUAAGAUUCAAGUGUAUAUUUGCAACAUUCCAUGUAGUCUUGGAAGAGGACAUUUUCCCAGGUGCCUAAGUUUUUCUCAUUGAUGUUGAUAUCUUAUGGGAAGGUAUAUACAUGUUUGUUAGAUGACUUUAUAUGGCACAAGAUAAGCAGUUUAUAUUUUAGGAACAUGUUAUACAGGGAGAGCCAAAAAGUUUUUCAGUGGUCUGGUACC